GGGACAUUCGCCUUCAAGCCAAUCUGAGAUCACUUAGCCUCCACACCAUAGCCCUCUCCACCAUGAAGCUCCUUGGUGGUCUCCUGCUGCUCUUCACAGCAACCUGUUUGUGCAACAGCUUCUCCGAAGUUACCAGCCACCCUUCACCCACAGUGGACUGUGACAUAUACAAGAAGUACCCAGUAGUGGCCAUCCCUUGCCCCAUUGAAAACAUCCCAGUUUGUGGAUCUGACUAUAUCACUUACGGGAAUAAAUGCAAGUUGUGUACAGAGAUCUUGAGAAGUAAUGGGAAAAUUCAGUUUCUUCAUGAAGGGCACUGCUAACUUCUCCAUGGACAAAGAAAGAACAGUGAAGCCUUCAUCAUGUGCCUCACACGUGGGCUCUGAUCGACUGCCCUUCUUUGCUGAUGUUCUGGUGGCGUCAGAUCUAGAUUCAGUCACUGUCGGUGACUGUGGAUAGUCCUUGUGCUCAUUCCUAUCAACUCCUGUCUCCUGAUAUAUUACCUUUUUUGGCACCUGAAUUAAAAAAAAAUCUCUCCAAAAAGUUUACUUUUA